AUGGCUACGAAAACACACGUUUUUUCCCCGAAAUUCUUCGCAUUGGAAUUAACUAGAUGCAAUUCUGUCUGUUACAGUAGCGCCAACAUGCGGGAGAAAAGGUGGCUUCUGCUCGCUCUGUACGGAAUCCUAUUGACGAACGCGAUCUCGGCCGAACGAAAGCCCACCAGGCCGAAAUUCAAGAUCGCGACAACCUCGACGUCAACCACCACCACCACCUCCACUACUAGCAGCACCACCGAGGAGAGCCACGUGCGCGAGAAUGAAAACGAGGAUACAGAGGCAACCACGACAGUGGCCAUCGAAACGAACGCGACGACCGGACACGUCCUCACGGGAAUCCCGCAGAUCGAUUACAUCUGGGACCCGAAUCUGCCUCGCGAACUGAACGGCUACAAUCUCAGCGAUUAUCCGUUCUACAACAGCAUACCAGAGGACAUCGACUUCAAAUGCGACGGUCUUCACGACGGCUUUUACGCGAGCGUGCCGCACAAAUGCCAGGUGUACCAUCACUGUCUUUUCGGCACGAGAUACGACUUCCUCUGCGCGAACUUCACAGCCUUCGACCAGAAGACCUUCAUCUGCCAUUUCGUCUCCGAGGUCGACUGUGCCAAUUCGAAGAAAUACUGGCACAGGAACGACGCCCUCUACAAGGCCACGACAACCUCCACGACGUCCACUUCGACGACAACUACGUCGGCACCGGUAGCGGGACGCCAGCAACCAAGAGACAGAGAUCUGCCAAGGAGGAGAAGACCGUUUAGAAGACGACCGGCGUACGAUUACUACGACGAGGAGUACUACGACGACGAUUACAGUCGUCCGCGUGGCUACAGCAGGGACGACUACGACUACGACGAUCGAAAAUACAGGAGAGACAGAGAUCGUGACUUCAGAGAUCGAGAUCGUGACUUCCGAGACAGAGACGCGCCAAGGUCUAGAGGGGAGGGAGUUCCCAGAGACGACAGAGAUCGUGACGCGAGUGCGAGGGAUCGGUACCCAGGUAGGAACAACAGGAGGGAUCCUACCAGGGCGAGAGAUCCUCUCGAGGAAGACGCGAGACUCAGACCGAGAGAUCCUGAUCAAGGAUCAAGGUCCGCGUCCAGGGAAGUCGACGACGACGCGGAACUGGACGACCGACGAACCGAAUUUAGGCUCAGGGACAAUGAUGAUCGUCGCUACUCUGACAAAAGGUACAGAGACGAUUACGAGGAUAAAGAGGCUGUUUCUGCGUCUGCAGGUGCAACCGGGAAUUCAGAUGGUUUGGUAAAGCCUGCAGCACCUGCAGCAUCGGUGUACGCAAGACCGAGAGCCCCUCCUAAAAUUCGGAGACCAGUACCACUCUCCGAGCAGGACAAAUACGCUUACAAGUCGACAACUGUUCAAUCAACUGAGGAACCUCGAAGAAGACCGAUAGACAUUGCGGAAGAUGACUACUACGAAGAUGAACUGGAAGAUCUGAGGCCAAUUCGACGGCCAUUGAGAAGGAGACCAACUUACAGAGACAGAGACAGAGACAGAGAUUUCUACGACGUCGUAGACAGGGACAGAGGCCGACCCUACAGACCUCGAUAUCGGGACGACGAGGAGGACCUGCGACCAAGAAAACACCCGGAUCACUCGAGAGAUCGUUACUACGAUCGAGACAGGGAUCGAGGUGCGGAACGUGGGAGAGAUCGAUCCCUUGACCGUGGGAAAGAUCGUAGCGCGGAGAGGCCAGUGAUGGAUCGUGAUCGAGGAAGAAUGCAGGACGCUGAUAAACCGGAGAGACAGUAUCGACCACAAGACAAAGAACGCGACGCCGAUCGUUCGAGGAUAGGCUCGAGAUCGAAGGAUCUGCAAGAGGUUACAGACCCACCGCCCAGAAGGGGAAGUAGUUACGAUCGUACGGAAAGGACCACUACCACUACCACCACCACCACGACUACCACUUGUCUGCCCGAACAACUCGUUCAUAAAAUAGAAUCAACGUCGAAGGAACCUGUACCUGACGACACAGAAACUCCUACCGAGAGGCCAGCCAAGUCAAACGCGCAGAGUCAAAUAACGCGAGCGCCGAUCGAGGUCGAAGAAGAAUCGUAUCGAACGAACCAGCAGCAAUCGGAUUAUCAGGAGAGAGAGCAGGAUGAAAAACGUGAUCGUGGCCAGUAUCAAACCGCGUCGUUGGAGGAAUAUUCGCAGGAUUACUACGACGAACCGGAAGACCCGCCGGCUCCACCACCGCGAACCACGGUUCGCAUCGUUAAACGUCCCUUCUUACCAUCCCGAGGCGGAAAUCCCAAUCCGAGAGGCUUGUCCCCGGUCGGUGUGAAAGCUACCACGCCUAAGAGAGAAGAGGAAGCAAGGCCAACGGAAGCGACGAACAUUCAGGAGAGACCUAAGAACUAUUACGUGCACGAGGCAGCGCAGGAGAACCUCAGAGAACCUAGCCAAGGGCCUAAAACGCAACAACAGGAGAAGGAAACUCACGACGCGUACAAGAAUGUUCAAACUGACGGUCAACACGAAUAUAACGACGAAUAUGACACGUCUAUAGCGAGUCCGGCGAUUAGAAGGCCGAAUGAGAGACAGAGGGAACAGGAGUCGCAGAAAUCUCUGGACGAUGCGUUCGUCAGAGGAUCGAAGCAGGAACAAGGAGGCGAAGAUGGACAGAACUUUGAAGAAGGAUUGGCUAAAUGGCCCACCGAAGAGUUUUCCGAUCAGCAGAAUAACGAAGGGAACGUGCAAGUGUCAAGCUCGUCGUUUCGGAAUAAAGGAAGACUAACAGCCAGCGAAAGUCCGAACGUUUAUGGGUCGACGUUUAAGAACGACGAGGCUCAGGAACAACCAACCGGGCCUCAAAGUUACAGGGUGAAGCAGAGGCUCAACGAGGUGACGCACAGGCUGCAGGACAUCCCGGAGAGCGAGUACGACGUCACUUUGAACGACGCGUUGACACCUACGCUGAAUCAAGAGGCAAAUUUGCCCAGCGGCUUCGUCCUGCCUCUGCACAGACAAAUCGGAAGAGACGCGGUUCUCCAAUCGUCCGAGAACAAUUACAAAGUAUCGAGGCCUAUAAACCAACAGCAGCAGAAACCGUUCGUUCCUAAUCCUCAAUUUCUGCCAGCGGUUAGCAACAACGACAGACUGAGAACCGUGUAUUACAGAACGCCCGAGGCGAUUCAAAUCAGCGGGGCGCAGUACAGGUCGCAAAGGGGAUCAUGGCACGAUUACACUGGCUACUGAAGCUACUGAGAUUCGAAUGACGAGGAAAUUUUUGGAAGAAAUCUUUGGAACUAUAGAACAUCCGCCUACUCGGGCAUGAAAUUCAUCAACAACGAAUGAAAUUCAUUUGUACCAACGUCGAUCGAUCAUUUUCGAAGGGGCGGUCUUCCGCAGAACGUCUUCUUCCAACGUCUUUCGUACGAGGGGACAGGACAGCGGAUAGUUUUCGUGUAUUAGGUCUUGAAAGUAGAAAACGAAUAUCUGAAUAAUCAAACUGCUGACACACAAGAUGCGAGCAAAUAAGAGUUGAUCGUCUUUUAUGCAACUAAAACGUCACUGUUCGAAAUAUGUAGUUCUUUAGUAUUUUAGUUAAAGGCACCUUUUCGAAAACUAUAUUCUAACUGUUAGAGUACGUUUCUAGUUAUCCAACGGCCACAGUAUAAAGCCCUAAUCGAAGAUGCAAAUUGCAAAGCGUUUCUACUUUCGGCUAAACUUGUAAAUAUGCGCACGAUUAUAUGACUAACUUUACCAUUCCUUCGGAUUAAAUUAUUACUCUAAGCGCGACACGCACGUGUAAACGAUUUUCUACGAAAGCACAUUCGUCGUCUCGAUUUUCUCUCUCUCUCUCUCUCUC